ACAUCAGGAAUUCACCAGCGCCUCAUUGGGUGCGUCACGCACAUCCUGAAAGCUGUCCAGGUGUAUUUUUUCUUCGUUUUGUUUUUGCCGGACAAAGUUAGGAAACUUCAGAGUCGAACAAUGGCAGGUUUGGUACUUCAGAAAGUGAAAUAUCGAUUUGUGCACAAGGUGUCCAGAGAAGUACUUCGUUGUCUCGUGGACCUCCUUUUAGAAGACCAGGUUUUGAAUGGAGAAGAAGAGGAUAUAAUAUGUGAGGGAAGGUAUAGUAGGGCCGGUCAGGCACGUCGUCUCAUUGACUAUGUGAUCAGACAAGGAGAAAGAGCCAGCACAAGGCUGAUUGAUCACCUACAGAACAUAGACCCAGUUCUUCACAAAGCUCUGGGUCUGUCCAGUGAUCAACCUGGUCUGUCAGUCCAAUCAACUCCAUCUGUGCCAACUGUGGAAGACUUCUUGAAAACCAUAAGGACUAACCCAGAGGUCUAUCCUGUGACACAAACUUCCUUGAAGAACCGCGUAGCUCUGCUGAUCACUAAUUUCAAGUUUUCUGAUAAAUCAAUGAACAGAAGGGGAGCAGAGAAAGACAAGAAGAACAUGGAGAAACUGCUUUCUAAUCUGGGAUAUGAGGUGGUGAAAUACACAAACCUCACUGGAAAGGCGAUUGAUGAGGCUUUAAUUUACUUCACUAAACAUCCCAAACUAAAACACACUGACAGUGUGUUUGUGGUUCUCAUGUCUCAUGGGAAGCUGGGGAAAAUUCUUGGGGUUGACUGGAAAGAGGACAAACCAGAUGAAUUUCCAAUCAACAACAUUUUCAAACACUUGGGCUCCAAGAGUUGUCCAGAGCUAAGAGAUAAACCAAAGGUCAUCAUCAUUCAGGCCUGCAGAGGAGAACACAGUGCAGGUUAUUAUGUUCUACAAUCUGAGGACCAUGCAGCAGACAUGCUUCAUCAUUUAAUUUUGGAAAAAGACUUCAUUUGCUUUUCAUCUUGUGUUCCUGACACUGUGUCGUACAGACAACGAGAUCGUAGGUCUCUCCUCAUCCAGAACAUUGUGGAGGCUUUUAGUCCAAAGUCGUAUCAGGAAGAUAUUUGUGGGCUUUUUGAGAAGAUAGAAAUGGCGACACACUGUUACUUAUUUGAUGAACAAAGGAUGUCAAAGAUUACUAGAAACACACUGACAAAGCAUUUUUACCCCUUAACAGGAAUCAGAAAAAUAAGUGUCUUUGUGAAGGAAGACAAAGACACAGUUACAGAUGCAUUCUCAGAAAGUGAGGGCAGUAGCUAUGGAACAUCCACUAAGGUCAGCUCACACGAGAAGGAGGAGCAGGAGGAAGAAGAGGAGGAUGAAGAAGAUGAGCAGGAGGAGGAAGAUGAAGAGUCUGCUCACGCAUUCAAGUUCUGCUGUGAAAAAUGUAAAAGCAUCACUCAGACCCACGGCACAAAGCUUGUUACUCCCCAGAGGAUUUCAAACGGACGUUUCCAAAUGCAGCUGGAAGGAGAAGGCUCAUACGAGUGUUCGGUCACCGGUCUGGUUUUUGAAGCAAGCGAGUCGGUUCUGGUGCGGUAUUCGGUCUUAUCCUGGUCCAAGUUUGGCUCGUUCUUACCCAACUCCUGGAAAUUUGCCGGACCAAUCUUCGACAUCGACACUGUCAACAAGGAGUGCUCACAUCCAUCCACCUCGCCCACUCUGUUUGCUUAGGCCAGUCUCUUGACAACGCCGUGUCAUUCAAGAUCUUGCAUGUUGUUGAUGAGGAUUUCAGUGAGGCUUUCAUUGAGCCACCUUCAGGCUACUCAGGUAGCCACGUUAAGUGGAGCGUGAGGUCCCUGUCCCCC